AUGGUGAGGUGUUGGAUACAUUCGGAAAACCGUUUGGAGGAAGCACAGUGCACGGAUGGGGGCUCUGCUGCGUCCACCCAGUCCCACUUCCCCCACAAGGCCUUCUGGCUCAGCCUCUCAGCCUCUCUGCUCCUGGUCAUCGUUACCCUCGGUUUGACGGGGCACUUGGGGCUUUCUCAGCCUCACUCUGAGUCUCUACAGAUUGUCCGAAUCACAGUCCCAGAUCAGACUGGAGUUCUGAUCAACCAGUCGGUCGUUGUGGACCAGCAGAAUGACCUGGUGACCUUUUCUGUGACCUCACCUGCAAAUCAAACAUCCACGGUGCUCUUUGAUAUCAAACAUGGUUUGAUAUGUUACAAGCCCGUCGACCAGGAGAGCUGCUUCCUGCGUAAGAUGGAGAAGUCUGACUAUGACAACGUGCACUCCCUCCUCCACGAAUCAACACACAAGCAGAGUCAGUUCCAGCUGUCCAGGAAUGAGACCCAGAGGCAGAUGGAGUUCCUGGGGGUGCUGGCGGCCAGUCAGGUGGAUGUGUCCACGUUGGAGGAGCCUCUCCAGGCUCUGUGUCAGGACAGCACCAUCCACUGGACCAGGAGGGUCGAUGGCCUGGGUAAACAGAGGCUGGUCUACUUCUGCAUCGACAUCUGCUUCCCCAGCAACAUCUGCGUGUCCGUGUGCUUCUACUACCUGCCAGAGUGA